AUGGAGCCUAUAUAUCUGAAUUCUUUAAAUUGUACUGAAUUUAAAAAUACCCUCGAUUCUUUAGAUUAUGUAUUUUCUGACUGUGAUGGUGUUAUUUGGUCUGAUGUACCUUACCCAGGUGUAGGCGAAUUUUUCCAUAGAAUAAAACAGUUGGGAAAGACUGUGCAUUUUGUCUCUAAUAAUAGCGUACGAUCUCGAAAAAAAUAUGAAGACUUAUUCGACGCUGCUGAUAUUAAAUAUGGUUUUGAAAACUUGACUAUACCUUCUAUUGCAAUAGCAAAAUAUUUGAAAUCAAUUAAGUUUAAUAAGACAGUGUAUUGCAUGACAUGCCCAGAAACAAUAAACACAUUACUAGCUCACGGGAUAAAGUGUAAACAUGGUCCCGAAGACGGCUCAGAACUAUACACAAACUACCUGGAUUAUUUUGACGACGACGAUGAAAUAGGAGCCGUAGUUUUCGACAACGACUUCAAUGUCAAUCUUGCAAAAAUGUACAGAGCUAUUACUUACUUAAGAAGAUCCGAAGUGAUUUACAUUAGUGGUGCAUUAUAUAAUUACGUGUCUUUAAAACAAGGAUAUUUAUCUUUAGGACCUGGCCUAUUCAAUGAUGUACUUAACAAAGAAACAAAUCGUGUUCCUAUUGUCUUCGGCAAGCCAGGAAAGUUGCUUGGGGAUUAUGCAAUGAAACGUGUAGGCGUAACUGAUCCUAGCAGAGUACUUUUUAUUGGUGAUAUGAUAAAACAGGAUGUUGGCUUGGGCAAGGUAGCUGGUUUCAAAACCCUUUUAUUACUUCCAAACAACACGCGUGCAGAUAUGAUGGCGCAUCCACAUUUGAAGCCGGAUUUUUACACGGAAUCUUUAAGUAGCUUGGUGCCUUUACUGAAUAACGUAUGUUUGUAA